AUGCAAUGCAUUGUACUUUCCUCUGUUUGGAGAAGAACAAUAGCUGUGUGUCAGACCUGUCUGGUGGGUUGAAUAACUAUAAGAACUCCUCCAAGAUCGUUGAGCCUGUCAGACUGGCGUGAAGAAUCGGCCUGAAUCACACCGUACGCUCUCAAUAGUAAUCAUGGCCUGCUGGUCCCUGUACAUGUUGCUGCUGCUGUUGUCCUGUGAUGUGACCUUGACGAAGAAAAAGAAAACGGAAAAAAAAGAAACCAAUACUCUCUCAAGAGGAUGGGGGGAUGACAUCAACUGGGUAGAGACAUAUGAAGAGGCUCUGGAAAACGCAAAGGAGAGUAACAAACCACUGAUGGUUAUUCAUCACUUAGAAGAUUGCCCAUACUGCCAAGAUCUGAAAAAGGCUUUUGCGGAGAACGAAUCCAUUCAGAAAAUGGCCAAAGAAGAUUUCAUCAUGCUCAAUUUACUGAAUGAAACUUCCGAUCCUAAUAUGGCUCCUGACGGCUAUUAUGUCCCCAGAAUUCUUUUUGUUGAUCCCUCGCUGACCGUGCGCGCCGACAUCAUUAGCAAGUACUCCAACCGCAAGUACACCUAUGAACCUGGGGACAUGGAUUUCUUGAAGGAGAACAUGGUCAAAGCCAAGAAGCCGUAUCACACGGAGCUGUAGUGAGAUCAGGGCUGAUCACACAGCAGUAUGACAGACGGAUGAAAAGAUCUGAGACCGAAACUGCUAGUCGUUCUAACAGACUGUUCAAGUAUCAGACGGAGGACAAGCUGGACACUGAGCUGUUCACUGAAUUGCGAUUGAACAUCUUCAUGCGUAUCAGUUGUAUGCUCAGGUGUAUUCUAGCAUGGAUGUGUUUAUUACAACUAACUGAAAUGCUGAUAUCCUGACAAAUAAAAAUUACUGAACAGUUAAUUCA